GGCUGUGGUAACUAGUGACGGCCGUCUACUAGGCACUAACGUUGGAUGCUAGCUUGUCCUCUUCGCAGCGGCAAAAGCUGUAUAAUGUUCUUACUACCCGUUUGUCUUGAUUCGUAAACAUGUCUGCAAAAGGAGUAGGAACGAGGGGUUUUUAUUUCAACACUAUAUUGUCCCUGGCGCGCUCUUUGGCCGCACACCGCCCAGCACCGAUAGAUAAGGUCCAAAAGCUCCAAUGCAUGUGUCCAGUGGACUUCCGAGGGGUGUUCCAGCUGGAUGAGAGGAGGAGGGAUGCGGUCCUAGCUCUGGGUAUCUUCCUGGUCAAGUCUGACCUACAGCACAAAGACUCUAUUGUCCCCUACCUGCUGGGGCUGCUGAAGGGACUUCCCAGAGUCCAGUGGAUCGAAGAAAGCUCUGGAAGCAAAGGGCGGGAUAUCCUUCCGGUGGCAGAGAACUUCUGCUUCUGUCUGGUCACUCUUCUCUCAGACGUGGCCCAGCGAGAUGACACCCUGCGAGGACAGAUCGUGGAGGCCGUCAUGGACAUAAUGCAGGUCCUGCUGGACAUCUGCUUGAACUCAGAGGGACAUGAUAAAGAAUACCUGUGCAGGUACACUGUUCCCUGCUUGUUGGGUGUGGCCCGGGCCUUUGGUCGCUAUAGCAACACGGAGGAGCCCCUGCUGUCCAAGCUGUUUCCGCGGGCAGAAGCCCCGCCAGUGUCCACUGGCAAUGAUGUCGACCCAUCACGACGGCGCUCCUUCAACGACUUCCGCUCCAUCAUGCCUGCCUCGCUGCUCACAGUCUGUCAGGGAGACACCAUCAGACGCAAAGGAAGCUCUGUGUCCAGCAUAUCACAACAGGCCAGUCCAGAGAGAGCAGGACUCACCCCCAGCUCCCCAGCUGACCCCUCAGCACAGUACUUUGAAGGCUCCUAUCUCCCUGAUGGUAGUGCUGUGGACCCAGACUAUUACUUCUCCACCAUCAGUUCUAGUUUCUCUGUGUCUCCUCUGUUUACGGGCAGUGCCCAGGGAGAGUUUGACGUCCCUCUGGACGUUCUGCGCCAGCUCCUCAACAUGGUUGAGCAGCUUGUCUCUGAAUCCUUUCUGAAAACACUGGAUAACACCCUGCAGGAACUUCUGGAGUUGAACCCAGGGAUGCACCUGCACUAUAGGACCUUCAGUGACCCUCUGUAUGUGACCAUCUUCAAGAUGCUCAGAGACACGCUGUACAACCUGAAAGACCUGCAGACAGGCUAUGUGAAGGAGGUUCAUGACUUUGUGCUGAAGCAGUUCAGUAGUAGCCAGUCAGAGCUGCAGAGGAUCCUACAUGAUGUAGAUCACCUCCACAGUGAACUGAGUCCUCUGAAGCUACGCUGCCAGGCUAACGCUGCCUGUGUCGACCUCAUGGUCUGGGCUGUCACUGAGGAGCAGGGAGCUGAGAACCUGUGUACCAAGCUGUCAGAGAAACUGCAGUCCAAGACGUCCAGUAAAGUUAUCAUCGCUCACAUUCCCCUGCUCGUCUGCUGUCUACAGGGUUUGGGUCGUCUGUGUGAGCGGUUCCCAGUGGUGGCCCACUCUGUCACCACGUCUCUCAGAGACUUCCUGGUGGUCCCCUCACCUGUCCUUGUAAAGCUGUACAAGUACCACAGCCAGAACACCACAGGGACUGGCGAGAUCAAGAUCCAUGUGACCAAUGAGCACUCCCAGUCUACGUUCAGUGCUCACGCUAAUAAGAAGAGCCAGCCCUCCAUGUACGAACAGCUCCGAGACAUCUCCAUUGACAACAUCUGCAGGUGUCUGAAGUCAGGUCUGACUAUGGACAGUGUUAUAGUGGAGGCUUUCCUGGCCAGCCUGUCCAACCGUCUCUACAUCUCUCAGGAGAAUGACAAGGAGGCCCAUCUGAUCCCAGACCACACCAUCAGAGCGCUGGGUCACAUCGCGGUGGCUCUGAGGGACACGCCACGUGUCAUGGAGCCCAUCCUGCAGAUCCUACAGCAGAAGUUCUGCCAGCCACCGUCACAGCUAGACGUACUCAUUAUAGAUCAGCUGGGAUGCAUGGUCAUCACUGGGAACCAAUAUAUCUACCAGGAGGUGUGGAACCUGUUCCAGCAGAUCAGUGUGAAGGCCUCCUCCAUGGUCUACUCCACCAAGGACUACAAGGACCAUGGAUACAGACACUGUUCCCUGGCUGUGAUCAAUGCAUUAGCUAACAUAGCUGCCAACCUGGCAACCGAGCAGAUGGUUGAUGAGUUGCUGGUCAACCUACUGGAGCUGUUUGUCCAGCUAGGACUGGAGGGAAAGAGGGCCAGCGAGAGGGCCUCGGACAAGGGCCCUGCACUGAAGGCGUCGAGCAGUGCUGGAAACCUUGGAGUACUCGUUCCUGUUAUUGCUGUGCUGACGAAGCGUCUACCGCCCAUCAAGGAAGCGAAGCCUCGUCUACAGAAGCUGUUCAGAGACUUCUGGCUCUACUCUGUGGUGAUGGGUUUCGCUGUUGAGGGAUCAGGUCUGUGGCCAGAGGAGUGGUAUGAGGGAGUGUGUGAGAUCGCCACCAAGUCUCCCCUCCUCACCUUCCCCAGUGGAGAACCUCUACGCUCUGAACUACAGUACAACUCUGCCCUGAAGAACGACACCGUCACAGCGGCGGAGCUGAAUGACCUGAGGAGCACCAUUAUAAACCUGCUAGAUCCUCCUCCUGAGGUGUCUGCUCUCAUCAACAAACUAGACUUCGCCAUGUCUACCUACCUACUGUCUGUCUACAGGCUGGAGUACAUGAGGAUGCUGCGCGCUCUGGACUCUGACCGUUUCCAGGUGAUGUUCCGCUACUUUGAGGACAGAGCCAUCCAGAAGGACAAGUCUGGUAUGAUGCAGUGUGUGAUAGCGGUGGGGGACAAGGUGUUUGAGGUCUUCCUACACAUGAUGGCUGAGAAGCCGAAGACUAAAGCCCAUGAGGAGGAGUUGGAGCGCCACGCUCAGUUCCUAUUGGUCAACUUCAACCACGUCCACAAGAGGAUCCGUAGGGUGGCCGACAAAUACCUGUCAGGUCUGGCCGAAACGUUCCCUCACCUGCUGUGGAGUGGCCGUGUACUGAAGACGAUGCUGGACAUCCUGCAGACUCUCUCCCUUUCCCUCAGUGCAGACAUCCAUAAGGACCAGCCUUACUAUGACAUCCCAGACACCCCCUACAGGAUCACUGUGCCAGACACAUACGAGGCCAGAGAGAGCAUAGUGAAGGACUUUGCUGCUCGCUGCGGGGAGAUCCUGAAGGAGGCCAUGAAGUGGGCCCCCUCUGUCACCAAGUCACACCUACAGGAGUACCUAAACAAGCAUCAGAACUGGGUGUCCGGUCUGUCCCAGCACACUGGCCUGGCCAUGGCUACAGAGAGCAUCCUGCACUUCGCUGGCUACAACAGACAGAGCACUACACUAGGGAUCACCCAGUUGACAGAAAGGCCAGCCUGUGUGAAGAAGGACUACUCCAACUUCAUGGCUUCACUCAACCUGAGAAACCGCUAUGCCGGAGAGGUGGCAGGUAUGAUCCAUUUCAGUAAGGCAGUGCGUAGCCAGUCAGACCUGUCCAGGCUGAUGGUCAGACAGACGACAGAGGCUCUAGAUGCCCAGAACCCUGAGGCCUUCACUGAGAACAUGUUCAAACUGGCAGCACUGCUCAUCAGCACUAAAGAAUGUGAUCCUCAGCUGCUGCACCACCUGUGUUGGUCUCCUCUGAAGAUGUUUACAGAACACGGCAUGGAGACGGCUAUCGCCUGCUGGGAGUGGCUGCUGGCUGCUCGCACAGGAGUAGAGGUCCCGUUCAUGCGUGAGAUGGCGGGGGCGUGGCAGAUGACAGUGGAGCUGAAGAUGGGCUUGUUCUCUGAUGCGCAGGUGGAGGCUGAUCCCCUAGCAGCCUCGGAGGAGAGUCAGCCUGUCCCUUGUCCCCCCGCCGUCACACCUCACUGCAUUUGGAUAGAGUUCUUGGUCCAGAGGUUUGAGAUAGCUAAGUAUUCCAGUGAAGACCAGGUGGAGAUAUUCGGCAGCCUAUUACAACGCUCGCUCUCCCUCAACGUGGGCGGAGCCAAGAGCAACCUCAACCGCCACGUAGCCGCCAUCGGACCCCGCUUCAGGCUCCUUACUCUGGGUCUAGCACUGCUCCAUUCUGACGUAGUCACCAACGCCACCAUCAGGAAUGUCCUCCGAGAGAAGAUCUACUCCACCGCCUUCGACUACUUCAGUGCCCCCCCUAAGUUCCCUACCCAGGGGGACAAGCGUCUGCGUGAGGACAUCAGCUUCAUGAUCCGUUUCUACGCCAGCAUCCUGUCAGACAAGAAGUACCUGGCGGCGUGCCAGCUGGUCCCUCCCGGUGAGCUAGGCGCCGUGCCCACCCUCAGCACCUUCUCUGCCGGGAUAUUCGGAUCGUUAAUUGUGUCCAGCACUUCUCCGAUAUCGAUGCUAAACAACCAGGACCCGUCGUUGAACAGUCUGUCAGUGAUGACGGCCCAGGAGCCCAGGAGCACCAUGUCUCAUGACUCCCGCUCCCAGCAGAGUGGCCAGAGUGGCUGGAUCAACACCUACCCUCUGUCCUCUGGCAUGUCCACCGCCUCCAAGAAGUCAGGCAUGUCUAAGAAGAGUAACAGAGGGACUCAGCUCCAUAAGUACUACAUGAAGCGUCGAACCCUGCUGCUGGCCUUACUGGCCAGUGAGAUUGAGCGGUUGACUACCUGGUACAACCCUCUGUGCACCCAGGAGUUGGCCAUCGCUACAGAACAGUCCGUGGAGACCAGCAUCGCCAACUGGAGGUCCAAGUACAUCAGCCUCAGUGAGAAACAGUGGAAAGACCACGUCAACCUGGCCUGGGGUAUAUCUCCUUACCUGGCUAUGCAGCUACCAGCCAGGUUUAAGAACGAUGUGAUCGUGGCUGAGGUGACCCGGCUGGUAAGGCUGGACCCUGGAGCGGUCAGCGACGUACCUGAGGCUGUCAAGUUCCUGGUGACAUGGCACACCAUUGAUGCAGAUUCUCCAGAGCUGAGUCAUAUCCUGUGUUGGGCUCCUGCUGACCCUCCCACCGGCCUGUCCUACUUCUCUUCCAUGUACCCCCCGCACCCCCUUACUGCUCAGUAUGGGGUCAAAGUACUACGGUCCUUUCCUCCGGAUGCCAUCCUGUUCUACAUUCCUCAGAUUGUUCAGGCCCUGCGCUAUGACAAGAUGGGGUAUGUGAGGGAGUACAUCCUGUGGGCGGCCCAGAAGUCUCAGCUGUUGGCUCACCAGUUCAUCUGGAACAUGAAGACUAACAUCUACCUGGACGAGGAGGCACACCAUAAAGACCCCGACAUCGGGGAUCUGUUGGAGGAGAUGGUUGAGGAGAUAAUAGGUGCUCAGUCUGGUGCAGCUAAAGACUUUUUCCAGAGAGAGUUUGACUUCUUCGACAAAAUCACCAACGUAUCUGCCAUCAUCAAGCCCACCCCAAAGGGAGAUGAGAGGAAGAGGGCCUGUCUCAAAGCUCUGUCUGACAUCAAAGUCCAGCAAGGCUGCUACCUGCCCAGUAAUCCAGAGGCCAUCGUAUUGGACAUCGACUACAAGUCUGGAACACCAAUGCAGAGUGCUGCCAAGGCCCCGUACCUGGCUAAGUUCAAGGUGAAGCGUUGUGGGGUCAGUGAGCUGGAGAAAGAGGGUCUGCGUUGUCAGACUGACUCCCAGGACGUGGAGUCGGGUGAAGAUGUAGCUCGCAGGAUCGUCUGGCAGGCCGCCAUCUUUAAAGUGGGAGACGACUGCAGACAGGAUAUGCUGGCUCUCCAGAUCAUUGGUCUGUUUAAGAACAUCUUCCAACUUGUGGGUCUGGACCUGUUUGUGUUUCCCUACAGAGUUGUGGCUACUGCCCCUGGGUGUGGUGUGAUUGAGUGUAUCCCAGACUGUAAAUCCCGUGACCAACUGGGCAGACAGACAGACUUUGGGAUGUAUGACUACUUCAGAAACCAGUAUGGAGAUGAGUCCACUCUGGCCUUCCAGAAGGCGAGGUACAACUUCAUCCGUAGUAUGGCUGCUUACAGCCUGCUGCUCUUCCUGCUACAAAUCAAAGAUAGACACAACGGGAACAUCAUGCUGGACAGCAAGGGACACCUUAUCCACAUAGACUUUGGCUUCAUGUUUGAGAGUUCUCCUGGUGGUAACCUGGGCUGGGAGCCGGACAUCAAGCUGACCGAUGAGAUGGUGAUGAUCAUGGGAGGCAAGAUGGAAGCCACUCCCUUCAAAUGGUUCAUGGAGCUGUGUGUCAGGGGGUACCUGGCCGUCAGGCCCUACAUGGAUGCAGUGGUGUCUCUAGUCACUCUGAUGCUGGACACUGGACUACCGUGCUUCAGAGGACAGACCAUCAAACUGCUCAAGCAGCGGUUCAACCCCAGUAUGAGUGAGAAGGAGGCGGCUGCUUUCAUCAUCAAGGUCAUCCAGAGCUGCUUCCUCAGCAGCAGGAGCAAGACCUAUGAUAUGCUUCAGUAUUACCAGAACCAGAUCCCAUACUGAAGACCUGCUGCAGUAUUAUCACAUACCUGUCUGAUAUGAGUUCUUAUUCCUUAUAUAGGCAGUAACCUCUUCUUUAGACUCUAUGUAAGGUCAGAGGUUGUCCUAUAUACUAAGUAAUUAUCCUUGGCUUGCUAGCCAGCUAGCGUCCAGCAACUUAUGCACUUUAUAGAUCGCUGUAUUUCACCCACCUGAUUGGACCCUGAUCAAGAGCUGUUAUGCUAGACUAGAGAAAUCACACUAACCAAUCAACCAAACAACCAAUCACACAACCUGUAACUGAACUCUAAUACAAUCAGCAAAUCCCACGAUCAUAAUCCAUAUAUCACGUAUCAAUGUCUUGAUGCAAUCACAUAGUGAGUGUCCCCGUCCUGUAGUCAAAAGCCAUGAGUAGAUCUUUUUUCUGGGGACAUUUCUAAUGGUGGAGCUAGUGACUAUAUCUGUCUUGAGUCAGUCACAUACUGUGUGUGUAUCCGCCCCAAGGUUGGUGGGUCCAGUACAGAAUAAACCAGUGUUGUUUACCUAAUAACCCACUAACUCUGCAUGUCUCAUGACCAGACCUUCUAGUAGUUACAUGGAUUUAGUAGCAUUCUUAAACAGGUGUGUGUGUGAGAUUCUGUUUGGAGACAUUCCUCUUUCUGCACAAAGAAAGAUUUUAUUCACCUUCAAUCCUGUAGUUGAAUCUCCAGGAUUUGUGUUUAGUAUUACAAUGGUGGUGGUGAUUUUACAAUGACAAUGAAGACCCAAAAAGCCAUUUCUCUAAACCUUGGCACAAACAGAAGGGUGGUAUUACAUGACAACUAUACUCCUCUGAUGUUAUGCUAGAAGUUACCUUCUUAAUGUGUGUCAACAUAUGAGAUUGCUGUCAUAAUCUCUUCAGAAACCCUUCUGUUUAUGAAGAUAUUUUACUUGGUAGUCUGUAAAGAUAAUUCAUCUUACAUCUAUCAUUUUAGAUUAGAUGGUAUGUAUUAUUUUUGAUCUGAAUGGAUAUGUUAUUAUUUUACUUAGGCUAUUUCAUCUUAAACAUCCAUGUAUGUAUUACAGAGUAUGUUUGUAAUAUAUAACGUGGGCGGUAGGUCAGCUAGUGGCGAGGAACCGAAAGGUCGCUGGUUUGAAUGCCCCCAGCUGACUAGGUGAGGUAUCUACCAAUGUGCCCUUGAGCAAGACACUUAUUCAUAGUGACUUACAGGAGCAAUUAGGGUUAAGAGUGUCUGCUAAAUGAGUAAAAAUUUACAUGUGAAGUAUAUUACAGUGUACUGUAUUUCAGGGCUCUACAGUGUAACCAUUUUACUCACAUAUGCGCCUAAUGUUCUGCUGUGUGACCUGGAGGUUAAAUGUAGGUGUACCAGUGCACCUAGAAAAAUUUAAAGGAUUCUAGCUUUAAUACUUCAAAUAUUUUUCAUUGUGCGUAUUAAUUUUUGUGUGCUUACAUUUUUCAACUUAGGUGCACACAUGCUCAUUGUAAAAAAGAUCAGCGUAGAGAGCCCUGCUAUGUACUGUAGGUUGUAAUGGCUAACAGGACAUGCAUUUCAGACCAAUGGGAUGAUAAAGAGCUGUUCCAUUAUUAGUAUUUUUAUUGGACUGUUGUAUUGUGAUAAAGUACUGAAACGUAAA